GUACGUUAGCUUCAUUGUGGCUAACUUGUCGCUGUUACUAAACAGCUGGUUAACAUAGCAGGCUAGCAGGCUAGCACCAGGCCGCUGUGAGUUACAAUGGAGCUGAAAACAUGAGCUUCAGGACUAAAGUACAACAACGCGGCGGGAUUAGUUCAAACCAGAAUUACUCAUUUUAAGAGCCGCGCUAACUGCUAGCCGGCUUGCUAACAGCUGUUAGCUACGCUCACAGCAACAACAACGACGCAGCUGUUGAUAUUUCUUCCUCGCGAGCAGCUCGCGGAAAACGUGAAUUUAAAAGAUAUUAAAAUGGAAACAAACGCGCCGAAGAGACGAGAUAACAAGAAGUCUCUGCGCGUGAAGGUGAUCAGCCUCGGGAACGCGGAAGUGGGAAAGAGCUGCAUCAUCAAACGUUACUGUGAGAAGAGGUUCGUUCCAAAGUAUUUGGCCACGAUCGGCAUCGACUACGGCGUCACCAAAGUUCAAGUUCGAGACAGAGAAAUCAAAGUGAACAUCUUCGACAUGGCCGGUCAUCCGUUCUUCUAUGAGGUGCGUAACGAGUUCUACAAAGACAGUCAGGGGGUCCUCCUGGUCUACGACGUCGGCCUCAGAGAGAGCUUCGACGCUCUGGACAGCUGGCUCGGGGAGAUGAAACAGGAAAUGGGUUCUCAGGCCAACAUGGAGAGCAUCGUGUUCAUCGUGUGCGCCAACAAGGUGGACCUGACGAAGCGGCGUGUGGUGGACGAGGGGGAGGGGCGUUUGUGGGCGGAGUCUAGAGGCUUCCAUUACUUCGAGACGUCGGCUCAGAGCGGAGAGGGCAUCAACGAGAUGUUUCAGGCGUUCUUCUCCUCCAUCACCGACAUGUGUGAGAACGGAGGGAAGCGUCCGGUGUCAGAGGUCAACGUGGGCUUCACCAAAGAGCAGGCCGACACCAUCCGACGCAUCCGCAGCAGCAAAGACUCAUGGGACAUGUUGGGGGUGAAGCCUGGAGCCACGCGGGAGGAGGUGAACAAGGCGUACAGGAAGUUGGCGGUUCUUCUUCAUCCUGAUAAAUGCGUCGCCCCCGGCAGCGAAGACGCCUUCAAGGCCGUUGUGAAUGCUCGCACGUCUCUGCUCAAGAACAUCAAAUAACAAAUAACAGCAAAUAACACGCCUCCAUCUGAUUGGACCGCUCGGACAUGAAGCGACCAAUCACACACUGCCGUCUGAGAACUGUUUCUGUCCAUGUGAGGAGGAAGACGAUGAGCACCACAAACUACAUUAAAGCAGCAUUUAAAUAUUCAAAUUCACUCAAACCGGCCAAAAUUGAAGAAAGAAAAAGUAAAACUAGAUUUUGAGAAGUUGUUUUUGUUUAAUUGAAUAAAGUUCAAAGAUUAAAAUCAGCACUUUGAGGUCUGAAGUCAAGAAACAACAGUAAUAAAUUUAGAUUUUCAAAAUAAAAGACCGAGUUUCCAGAUGUGUUUGACGACCUCAGUGGAGCGGCAGGUCAAAGGUCAGUGUGAAAUUAUGUCUUAUUCUCACGUUUUAAAGACGAGUAGCCAAAAUAGAAGUUUAAAGUGCGACGUAAACAAAAUGCAUGUUUGAUAUUAAUAAUGUUAAACGUUUAUAUUUUACACAAAUGUCCAGAUGAUGAUGAUGAAGAUACGUAUUUUCCCUUCAGUGACUCAUCUGUUCCCUAAAACUAAACUUCAAUGUCUUUUCUGAAGUUAUUGAAUAUUUUCUCAAAUAUUAAAUUAUAGUUUGUUCUUAAACUGUACUCAAAAUGUUCCCUCACAUUCAGAGUUUGUUCCCUUAAGUAGCAAGAUGUUUGCUGAAAUUAGUUCCCUAAAAUGUUUCAUUUCUUCUCCUCUUGUUCCCUGAAAAUCUUUUUUUUUUUUUUUUUUUAUUCUUGUCUUUAAUCUUUUUCUCCCUCAAAUGUUAAAUAAUGGAUUUAAGUUAUGAGUUAAAAUCGUUAUUAUUUACUCAAAGAGUUCAUUUUCUACUUUUCCGUUAAACAGCGUUUAUUUUCUACGAUUCUUUGAUCACGUUUACAGAAUGACGGGACGUCGUUUACGGCUUGUUACUGUUAAACUAAAAUCAGAAAACAUUUGAGCUGAAUAUGUUAUUAUAUUUUUACAUGUGUCAGAAACAUAAAGGCGUAGCUUCCACUUGUCACUUUAAUGUGUUUUUAUAACAUUUAAAUCAUUAACACGUUGUCAAAUGUAGUUUUUCCACUUAAAGACUG